GUUACUCUCUCUCUCUCUCUCUCUCUCUCUCUCUCUCUCCUAUAAAAGCCUUUCGAUUUUGGACGCGCCAUCUCUUUCUGUCCCGAAGGUGAUUUUUUCGACAACCGAUCGGAGCUGACGGACUGGCCGGACCGGCGAGGUUUCGCCGUCGUGUGAGUCGCCGGAGAUUUGUCUUCUUCGUUCUCAGAUCUGUGAAAGUCUCUCUCUGGAAGGUACAGUGUUGGUGGCUUUUGUAGUUUGGAGGUUGUACAGAUUACAGAAAUUGUAUGAUACCCAGAUGAGCAAAACUGAUGUUAUUGGCAGUGGAAGGAGGAGGGUUUUUCUCUUCUUCAGCUUCUGGCUAUAGCAAGGGUCUGACCCUUCUUCUCUUGGGUCAGAGGAACGAAGAAAAACCCAUGAGAGUUUCUCCGUGGAAUCAAUACCAGUUGGUGGACCAAGAAUCCGAACCUGACUUCCAGCUGGCUUCUAGGAAGAACCGACUUGUCCACGGGUGCGCUCCCUUUGUCUGCUUUGGUCGCGCCACCGCAGGACUUGAAAGCCCAUCUCCUUUAAAAGUAGGCCCUACCCAACAGCAGGACACCCUGCCUAAGGCCCCCCGUGUAGCUGACAAGGGCAAGGAUCAUAUCCAUGCCACUAAACUUGUUGACGAUGACAAUAACUCAAGCAAGCUUGCUUUUAAGAGUAGCUUGAAGAAACCUACCAAAACCAUACCAGUUUUUGGUGGGGUUGCUAAUGAACAUGAGGUGUUGUGUGAGAAGGGAAGCGAUAUCUCGGGUCAUAUGGAGAGGAGGAAAGUGCAGUGGACAGAUACUUCGGGAGGAGAGCUUACUGAGAUCCGGGAAUUUGAACCCAGUGAAGUGGGUGGAUCAGAUGAUGAAUUUGACAAUGGGAAUGACAAGAGCUGUUUGUGUAGAAUAAUGUAGUUUUAGUUUCGUCUUUUACUAGAACCAUGUGUGGGUUCAACUUCUACUAGAAGGCCAUGAAUGAGGUAAUGGUUGAGUCACCAUUGACAGAGCUCGCUUCAUUUCUACCAUGUUCUGCUGAAGUUUGGACAAAAUGAAGAGUGGGAUUUCGAGUUAAUAGAACGUUCGACGACCAUUACGAGGAUUUCUGAUCCGGGCAGGCUUCAUCAGGGAGGACUGAUCAGUCGUGUCGAUAUUCCAUUGCUUGGGAUUUCAAUUUUGGCUAUCUGGUUUUUACUUUGUUUUUCUCUUUUUUAUAUAUUCAUGUUCUUUCACAAAUGACUGCAUUGACCAUUGUUUUACCGUAAUUAAUGUGGUAUUUUCAGUUUCAUUUUUCUGUA